UUUACGGAAAUUGACGGAGUUUUCCGAUGUCGGUUGCCGUAGCGAUGUUUACAAAAUGGCGACCCUCCCUGGAAUAAAAUAUGAUGACGGUUUACCUGCAAUCUCAGCUAACUGCUUCCCUGUCAGAACAUUUUUGAGACACGAUGUGACAGAGGAAGCUGAUGGGGCAUGGCUUGUUGCCCAGAGAGCGGAGCAGCGAAAGAGAUUUAAAGCCAUUCUCUGCACAAAGCCAAAAACAUAUGCACGUAUUAAAGAAGAAAGACGGAGAGCUGAGCAGCAAGGAACAACCAUAAGUGAGCAACUUCAAGCUGCAGAUGAUCAUGAAGAAGAGGAAAAAGAUGUUCCUAUGCUAGAUGGUUUCUUUUUAAUGCGCCAUUGCUGUGUGGAUGACCCAUCAGAUCUUUGUUCUGUAAAUAUUUCUGGGAAAGAAAUGACCGAUGUAAAGGAGGAAGAUUUAGCCUUAUUUGAUAAUGUGGCUUACGUAAAUGCUAGUGAGAACUACCUACCAUUGGAGGCAUUUAGAGGUUUUCCAAUAUUAAGAGAACUUGAGAUGCCCCUGAAUGCAUUGAGGAGUAUCAGACCUAACAUUGGUGAUUACCCAUUACUUGAGGUGCUUGACGUCUCUUACAACAAUUUAUCACAAGAUGAUAUUCUUACCCUGGGACUACUUUCUAACCUCAAAGUGCUUCACCUCACUGGCAAUGGACUGGUUUCCCUGCCACCUAACAUGGCAAUGCCUCAUUUUGAUGAAAAAACUAAGACAGAGCAUUUGAGGUUUUCCAAGUUGGAAAUUUUACUGCUGGAUGAUAAUAGAUUAGAGGAUGUGUCUGUCUUUGCUGCUCUUGCUGGAUUGUCAAGUCUAAAGCACUUAAAUCUAGAGAAAAAUGAAUUAUACUAUGUCCCAAUGUUGAAAUCCAUAGAAGGAAAAUUGGUUCAAAAUGAGAGCGAGAAGGAUGCGAGGAAAUUACGAAGAUCAGCUGAGAAAGAAGGCAGGAGAUCUGCCCGAGGAACACGAUCCAAGGACCCUACUCCAAGACAUCCGGUUGAGAAGAAAGAAAGGGAGGGAACUACUGAUGCUCCACUACCUACACCAGUACCCACCGGGGAAGAUUCACAGAAAGGGUCGGGGAAAAUGGAAGGGGAUUCUUCUGUUCAACCAGAUUUAUUAAAGGAGGAUUUUACAGAUUUGUCACGUCAGAUUACUGACAUUGAUUUAGAGAAGGAGAUAACUCUACCAGUCACAGAUGAAGGCAAUAGACCUCUUGGGGAUGGUUCUGGAUUACCUCCCUUUCCAGACUUGAGGGCUCUCAAUCUUGCCUAUAACAAGAUAGAGGAUGAGGAGGCUCUUCUAGCUGUUGCUGCAUGGCCGAUGUUAGUGGAACUGAUAAUACAUAAUAAUCCUCUAACAACAGAAAAUAGUGGAGAUCCUCCCCUGUUACAACGAUUCCUCGGUGAAAGAUUAGGCAUUAGAAUUAAAAGGAAAAAGGAGGCAGAUGUUGUGAAACCCCCAGUAGAGGUCAAGAUGAAGAAAUCCAGACAUGUUACAACUGUGGUACCAAAAAUCCCAAAAAUGAAUGUUGAUGACUUACUUAUGUUGGAGGCCCCUAAACCUCCACCAGCCCCCAAACCAGAAAGGACCAGAACCCACAGUAACCUUGACCCUCAGAAACCACUUCCUGCCAUUCCAGCUUCGCCAGUAGAUGGUCAAGGUCAAAGGUCACAGAGAGAAACAGGAGGUGAUGAGAGUUCAAGGCCUGUAGAUGAAAGUCAAGGUCAGGAACAACAAGAUAAUGAUGCCUUCUUUAUGACACAGGUUGAUGAUCAAGAAGAAGAGUGGAAGAAAGCCAAGAAAGAAUCAAAGGUCAGGAAACGAAAGCAGAAGGAGAAAAUGGCAGAUGAUAAAUAUAAAGGAUAUGAAAUACUUCUUGAUGCUGAGGAUGACACUAACUACUCCCCACCAAAAGAUAUGCAUGGUACUAUAAAGGCCCUGAAGUAUGCUCUGGGACAUGAACUUGUGUACAGAGAUCCUGCAGUUAGACUAGACCGGAUCAGUAAACCGGUAGAGCCAUACCGGAAGAGGAAAAACCAGUUCCUUGGAGGGCAAUUGCCCCCAGAACCUUUAGAAUUUUGCCUACAAUUAAAGUCAAACCUGGAAGCUACACCCAUGAAAAUAAGAAUGAAUUUGAACUGUCAUAGGAUUAGAGUAUUGACGGAAUACUUAAAGGGGGCUCCACGUGUUUCACAAGGGCAAAAGAAGGAGGAAAUGUUGGCAGAAAUGAGGGAUAGAGUUACAACAGAAGAGGCUGAACUUCAGGAUGUUCUACAGGGAGGAAAUAAGGACCUGAGAAAACGGUUCCCAGAUUCUGAUAGACUACUGUCAGAGAUUCAAAGACGAUACAAUGCUGUGCGUGUAAACUCUAUGAAAGAAGCCAAGGACGCCAAGAAAAUGCUGGCAGGGACAUUACAGGAAGUCAAUAAAUCAGCUGGUACACGAAAAGUGAAAAUGGAAGUGUGAACUUCACAGAAUGUAAAAAUAAGUGUGAAAAGAGAACACUUUUUUUCAGUCAGCAUUGGAUAGAACUAACAUGGAACUAACAUUGAGAAAAUGUGAUCAAAUCAAGUUUUGUUUUCACAUUUAAUAUCUAGAUAUUUUUUUUCAGAAUGAAAUAUAUUUUUUACUGUGAUAUAAUUUUUGUUUCAUUUUGUUAAUCAUUAUUUGUAUAUUUGUUGUUGAUAGUGCCUUCAUAAUUACUUUUAAUUAAAACUGCUGAAUUUGAUGUAAAUUUUUUAUGAAACUGCUGAAAUUUUACAGAUUUAUCUAUACUGUACAUGUAUAUUUAUACAUUAAUUUUUGAUUUAUAUGAACAGAAAGUAAUGUAGAAGUGUAUUUAUCUGUCCAUACAGUGUUUUGCUGAAUGUAACAUAAAGAAAGUUAGGUUUUUAGAGCUGUUUAUUCGAUUUCAAUACAUUUGUAUAAUUUAUACUUUUACACAUUGUCGUGAAGUUUUAAUUCUUUCCAGAUCAUUUUAUGUUAUUUUACUCAUUUUGCAUUGAAUAUUAAAUUAAUAAUAAUUAGGAGAACAAGGCAAAUUCCAUUCAAAAUCAAUUUUGAUGACUUUCAGGAUUUCAAGCAUUUGUUAACAUCUAAACAGGCUUUAUUUACAUAGACCAAAGAUCAAAAGAAAUUAUAUAUUUCUUGAAUUGCACACAAGAUAAAACUAGUAUUAUGUGUAGGUAGGAUUUUCAAGUGUACAAUUCAUGAUUAGUAUUACAUUGAUUUACAUGUAUGUUUUACAAAGCCUUUCUGUAUUUGUUUUUUAUAUUGAAAGGUUGUACUUGACAUUAAAAUCAUUUCAGUCAA